AUGCCUACUUCUGGGUAGGUGCCACCGUUCUGCCCAGCAAUGUGGGCUUCAUCGUUCCCGACGAGCACGGCAAAACGAACAAGCUCCGCCAGUACGUCAACGUGGACGUUCGCAUUCGCCUGCCGGAGGACAAGCGCAUCCAGUCCAUCAAGUGGAUCUCCGUCUGGGACAUUCGCAGUCAGAAGAACUUUGCCGACCUGUACAUUCCCGAGGGCUUCCUCCCGCCGGCGCCGCAGACCAUUGCCGAGUUCUCCAACCUCUCCAAUGACAUCAAAUCAGAGCCCGUGGUGAUACUGGACGCCAAAACGAUCCGCAUUCCCGAGUUCACCUACGAUGGCCGGCGCAAGGAAGCCUACUUCUGGGUGGGCAUCGGACCGCAGCCCACCUCGGCCGGACAGAAGAUUCCCAACGAGCUGGGCUACCUUGAGCCUCUGGGCCCGUACAAUAAUGAUCUAGUGAUACUGGAGAUGCCGGGCAAUUUGACCGUCUUCGACAUCAACUACAUCUCAGUGUGGGACGACGAGGCGGGUGAAAAUUUGGGCUCGGUGAUCAUUCCUCAGGAGCUGAACAUUCCGCCCUCUCUAACGCAAGUUAUUAAAACGGAUUCUCGCCUGCCAAACUGUGAACAGCUUCACCAGAAGCUCCAGAUACACUGGGAAGUCUUUGGGCCGCAGAUCACCUUCGAACUGAUUGGACAGAUUGAACACGACGAUUACAUGGCUUUUGGACUCAGUGGCUCGGACAACUCCAGUCGAAUGAUGAACGCCGAUGUUUCCGUCAACUACCUCGACAGUCACCUCGGCUACACUAAGGACUACAACAUUAGCGGGCCCUUUCCGUGCACCAACAUUCUCGGCAACUACCGGGGCGUGUGUCCGGACACGAAAGUCGGCGGCGUGGACAACUACCAGCUGAGCUUCUUCUCGCGCGAAGACUCCCUCUCUCGCAUCACCUUCCGCCGAAACCUGCAAAACACCGGCGAUGAGGGCGACCUGGUGAUCGAAAAGUCGAAGAAGAUCUUCGUCGUCUGGGCGAUUGGCAAGCUGAACAGUUUGAAGGAGCCCGGAUUUCACCACCUCUACCCAAAGCACGACAAGGCGCUGGUGUUUGGGCGAAAGGCGGAGAAGAACUGCUUUCAAUUUUCGACGCCCAAUCCGGAGCGGAAGGACUCGUCGUCUAAAGACAGCAGUGGGAACAGCUCUCCCAAUGCGCCCAUCAACCCCUACCAGCAGACCAGCUCAGUGCUGACGAAGCCCUGGGGCCCGUUGCGGCUGAAGAACAGCACCAUGACCACCUUCUACGCCCGGGUGGGCGACAGCGGCGGCCUGCGCGGUUACUACGCCUCCACCGGCGGCCAGGCCUCUCCCGCUCUCGUCUGGUACAUCAACGGCCUCCUGGCGCCGCUCAUCUUCGUGAAGCGCGGUCGGACGUACACGUUCCGCGUGGAGGGCGGCAACAACCCCUCCAUCGGCGGCCUCUACAACCCACUCUACAUCACCACCGACCCGGCGGGCGGAUUCACCGAGCAGAGCGAGGCGGAACGCAAGAAGUACCACAUCUACGCGGGCAUCGAGUGGGACCGACGCGGCCGACCUAGCCCCACCUCGGCAGGCCGAUUGUGCGCCUGGCGGACGCGAAACACCACCACCUCCACCUCCACCGAAUCCGGUAAUGACAGCAGCUCUCCAGUAAAGUACUUCGACAAGCGUCGUGCGGACACGAAUCGCUACCAGAACUUCAUUCAGUACCGCAACCAGCUGGACUACCAGUGCGAGCCGGGCACUGCCGCCCUCCUCCAGUGGACGCCCAACGCCUCCACGCCGGACAUCGUCUACUACCAGUCAUACACCCACCGGCACAUGGGCAACCGCAUCGUCGUCCUCGAUGACUUCAACAUGCCCUCGUACGCCUUCAUCGGCAGCGGCGCCAUCGGCUCCGCCGCCUCACUGCCAACUAGUAGUCAUCCAUUCCUCAUUCCCAUUCUACUUCUUCUUCUUCCCUUUCACCUUCACAUUCUACCUGUUCGAUAG